AUGCCUGAUUAUGCUUAUGCUUCUAAUGCUUUUCGCGCCUGCGUUUUACAGCACUCCCGCUACACCCGCAACAGCGAAUACUGCAACACCUGGAGGAUCUUCAACGACUUGGAGGACACCUGGUCCUCAAUCCUGAGCAUCAUCCAACACUACGCCCAGAACGAAGGGGACUUCAUCUCCGUAUCAGGCCCAGGGUCCCUCAACGAUCCAGAUGAGCUGGUCAUUGGCGACUUUGGUCUCAGUUACGACCAGGAGAGGGUUCAGUUCGGGAUGUGGGUGAUGUUUGCCGCCCCACUCUACAUCUCCGCUGAUAUCAGACCACAGGCCAAGGCCAUUCUACAAAAGAGGAACGUCAUUGCCAUCAGCCAAGACCCACUUGUAAAGGGAGCUAAAAUGAUAAAAGAGAUUCAAAACGUGCAGGUCUGGCUGAAGCCUUUGGUCAAACCCGGAAGUUAUGCAGUAGCUUUCUUCAACCCAAACUCUGCUGGCACGCCAACGCGCAUGUCUUUGACCCUGGCGGAUAUCACACUGACCAAUCAGAACGGCUAUAACGUUACUGAAGUGUUUGAUAACGUCGGUAUGGGAAUGUUCAAGCCGAGUGGUCAGUUCAAUGUGACUGUCAACCCAACAGGAAUUGUUCUGGUCAAGGCGGUUCCUCUUUAAUAUGCAUAACAAAAGACCAUAUUAUCUCACUGAUGUUAAAGUCAUUUUUAUAUAAGUAAUAAAUGCUUUGAUGAGUU